GCCGUGAGCAAAGCGCUGCUCUGUGACACACACACACAGCCCUAUCCUGAUGAUCCCCAGUCACCUUUCUGGAGCAGCAGCCUGUGAUGUGCAUCACCCAUGUGCUACAUGGACAUUUCAGGCAUUGCUCUGGAAUAUCGCCUGUGGAGUCUGCUGGGGGACGAUGGUGAGGGAGCUGCUUCGGGCUUACCUUGACCGUGAAACACACAGCGUAACCACGUGAAGCAGAUCCAUGCAACUAACUGACGCAGAAAAAGCAAUUGGCAUAAGUCUUUUUCAAAGUUCAAUGUAAAUUUAGUAAAAUGAAAUUAAAGCUGCGGUAGAGAAGGCUCUUCCCUCCACAACUGAGAGAGAGAGAGAGAAAUCAGGAUUUGGAUUAGAACUGGCAGGCCCGGUGACAAGCUGCCACCCACAUGCAACUGUUCCUGUUUGGAUCAGAAAAUGAUAUCUCCAGCCUCAGAUGGAAUCCCCCUGCCUGCCGCACUGUUAUUAAUUUUCCUCUGAGGGAGGAGAGCCAUAAUGCUCCUCUGCACUCAGUGCAGAAGGGAAGGAAGCCAGCAGGGGUCAGGCCUGAUUUUCAGACAUGCUGAACACCCACCACUCCAAUUGCAAGGUCAACAGGAGCUGCAGGGAGUUAAAUAGGACACAGAGAAAGCCUGUUGGCUGGGAGUUGAAGUCAAGGAGGGAGAGAGAAGAGACUGCAAUUGGACAGUGCCCAGGGAGUCGGGUGGAAGCAGCUGCGGGCAAAGCCCCUCCAGGAUCUGACAGGUAGGGUGCCCAGAUUGCUCCUCCAUCCUGUGAGAACGUGUGCCAGGCUGGCUGGAGGACAGGAAGCCAUGCUGGAGAAAACAGUGCCCAUAAUGCUGUCUGGGAGCGCUAGCCACUGGUGGAGGAACAGGUUUUCCAUGAGAUGGCGACGGACCUGCUUGCUUGCCUACUGGCUCUCUCUGUGUGCAGCAGACUCCCUCUUCACUUGCCCUUCCUCCUGCAAGUGUAACAGUGGCAGUCUGGAAGUGGACUGUAGCGGCUUGGGCCUCUCAUCCAUCCCCUCAGACAUUCCUACAAACACCAGAAUCUUCCUCUUCCUCAACAACAAGCUAAGCACGCUGCCAGGACCAGUCUUUUCCAAUCUCUCUGCCCUACAGAGGCUGGACCUUUCCAACAACUUCUUGGACCAGCUGCCCCAGAACAUCUUCAGUGACCUAGGGAACCUGACCGAACUACAGCUGAGGAACAACAGUAUCAGGACCCUGGACAAGGACCUUCUGCAGCAGAUGGUCCUACUGCGCCAGCUAGACCUAUCCAUCAAUGGCCUUGCUCAGAUACCCUCAGGAAUCUUCGAUGACCUCCCGGCUCUCCGCUUGCUCUCCCUCAGGUCUAACCGCCUACAGAGCCUAGACAGGGUGACCUUUGAACCAUUAGUCAGCCUGCAGCAGCUCCAAGUUGGGGAUAACCCCUGGGAAUGUGACUGCAACCUGAGAGACUUCAAACACUGGAUGGAAUGGUUCUCUUAUCGAGGAGGAAAGAUUGACCAGUUGGCGUGUACGCUGCCCAAGGAGCUGCGGGGAAAGGACAUGCGAAUGGUCCCCAUGGAGAUGUUCAACUACUGUUCACAGCUGGAGGAUGAGAACGGCUCCACUGUGCUGGACAAUUCUGGCCCACCAUGCACUAAAGGAAGCCCGACUCCUUCAAAAUCCAAGUCAGGGCCAGAACCUGAAGUGGAGCCGAGCGUGGGGUGUCCCCAGAAACAGAGAUACCGGCCUGUUAGUGUGCGCCGAGCCAUUGGCACUGUGAUCAUAGCUGGGGUGGUGUGUGGCAUCGUGUGUAUCAUGAUGGUGGUGGCAGCAGCUUAUGGCUGUAUCUACGCAUCCCUCAUGGCCAAGUACCACCGAGAGUUGAAGAAGAGGCAGCCGCUAAUGGGUGACACAGAGGGGGAACAUGAAGAACAAAAGCAAAUCUCCUCUGUGGCAUGAAACUCUUCUUGGAAGGCAAGGGCAGAAGUGAGCAGGGUACCUGAGAGCAGUGAGGCCUGUGUCCUCCCACAAUCCAUCUUCCCCGACAGAUGGACAGACUGUGCUAUCACUCCACUCAUCCAAUUAGUGCAACAUGCUUCUGGGUUUUAGGACAUCUGGCUCUAAAUUUCAUUCCUCUGCAUCAGGCCCUUUGGCACCCCUUCACCCACAUGCCCUACCAAGUCAAUAAAUUAUAGUCAGACCUCAAGUGCUUGCCAUGCCUCAUCCUUGCACAGAGCCCCCUUGGAUAGGCACAGCAAGGGCAGCCAACACCUUCCAGGAGCCCCUGGUUUCCUGACACCCUCCUCUCAGCUUCAGUCCCCACUCCAUCCCAUACAGCACUGCAGAGCCUUCUGCAACCACAAAGAGCA